UGCAGCCGCUUCUGCAGGGGCCUGUACCUGCUGUUCAUGCUGGCGCUGUUCGGAGCCGGCGUGGCCGUCCUGGCACUUUGGUCUCCCACGCCGACGCAGGUCUUUCUGGCCGCCGUGCUCUUCGCCCUUGGGGGCUGCUGCGGCUUCGUCUUCGUCAGCUGGCCCAACGUGGUGCGUUCGACCCGCCUUUGCUGCUGCUGCAUCUACGCCGGUUCGGUGGUGUUCUGCGCGGGCCUGCUGGGUGCGGGCUGCCUGCUGGCCGAGCGGUCUCCCCGCUACAUCCGUGAGGACGGCCUCGUACUGCUCGGCCUGGGCUUGCUGGGGCUGCUUUUCGUGGCGCUGUAUGCCUUGGCUGGACGCAAGGCGCCCGGCAGCGAAGAGGCACUCCCGCUGGACGUUCCUUUCCUGGGCCAGCUGUCCCGCUCCAGACUCAGCUCCAGUUCCGCCGUAGAGCUCUGCAAGACGCUGUUCUCCGAGAGUCGCGCCUUCGCCCCGCAGAGGCUCCAAGAAGACAAGUCCAAGUUGGUCGUGCUCUGCGUCCUCCAGCCUGACGCCGGUGGUCCCAGCGCCAAGACGGUCCACUUCGUCGACUCUCUGGACUCUGGAGACCCCGGUCGCUGCGCUUUGGAGCAGCGAGAGAACAGCGAGCUCGCCGCAGACGCGAGUCCCCAACUCCCCGAGGACGAUGGGCCCGCCGAGAUAUCUGCUCUCGCGUCCGCCUGCCACGUCCAAGUACAAAGCCCACCGUCGCCUGCGUCGCGUCCAGAACAGGACCCGAGCCCCAUUACCGGCAGCAAGUGGUCGGUGCCGCCCUGCUCUGACCUCUCGGCUCAACUGCCCGUCUGA